GGCAAGAAAAAUAUAACGACAUACAUAUUAAUGCAGUUAGCUUGCUUUCUUCAAUUGCAGGUUGCUUUGAACAUGCUUUACAUUGCUUCGGUGGAAAUGCUCAACUCCAACCGACUAAGGAUGAUGAAUACGUAUGAGGAUGUUGCUGAACUUGAUAAGGAAGAGCAUCGGUGGAAUGCAAUGGAUUCAUUUACUAUAAGGAGCUUAGAUAGAAUCAGCACGUUACCAGAUUCCAUACUGUGCCACAUACUUUCAUUCCUUCCGAUGAAAUAUGCUGUUAGGACCAGCACUCUAUCGACAAGAUAUCAGUACCUUUGGACUUACAUUACCAGCCUUCACUUUGACAAUUCUGAACUCUUUACUAAUGAUAUUGGAGAAGCUGAGGCUGAUUUGAGUUUCAGGAAUUUCGUGAGCACAGUAUUGCUUCUCAGUAACGUGUCCUGUUUGGAAAAGUUCAGUCUUAAGCUUGAAUCAUUUUGCAAUAUUGGCAUUGUCAAGUCAUGGAUCAGCAUUGCAAUAAAGCGUAACGUUCAAAAGCUAGAGCUUGGAUACUCACAAUUAUGUGCAGAGAUUCCUAUUCAGUUGCCUCAGACAAUGUUCAUUUGCAAAACAUUGGUGGAUCUAAUGCUGAAAGGAAAGGUUUCCCUACAAAUUCCUGCUUCGGUUUGGCUUCCCAGUCUUAAGAUUCUUAAGAUGGAGGACAUUAUAUAUGAAAAUGGAGAUUCAGCUCAGAAGCUCAUCCACGGAUGCCCUGUUCUUGAAUAUAUGGAUUUUUAUAGGGAGGAUGCGAAGAGUGGAGAAGUGUUCAACAUUUCUGUGCCCACAUUGAAGCGUCUGGAGGUAACCUGUCUAGGUCCUGGUGAGCAGCUUGUUUUUAAUACCCCAACGCUUGAAUACCUUGAUCUCACCUAUUAUUGGGCAGAGGGUUUUUCAUUGGUGAACUUAUCAUCUUGUUGGAAGCACGCAUCGAUAUUGAUUUGUCCGGCUCAAGACCCAUCAAUUCAGCCAACAUACUAAAACUUCUUCGUGGAAUUGCAAAUGUUAAGUUUCUUUGGUUUCAUGCUGAUAUUACGGAUUAUGUUCCGACAACUUUCCAUACUCUUCAGAAUUUGACACAUCUAAGGCUUCUGUGUGGCUUUAACUGUAGAGGCUUCAACUUGAAUUUUCUGAAUGACUUUCUUGGGUGCUCGCCUAAUCUCGAAGAACUUGUUCUUGAGG